CACCUAUUAUGGCUUUAUCUGCAGCAAAUUCACGUCUGAGGAUAAUUGUCAUAGGGGCCGGUCCUGCUGGUCUCUGCACGGCCACGGCCUUGAGGCAAGAGGGCCAUAGUGUUACCGUUCUCGAGCGGCGACGAGAUACACAGCCCCUUGGCCACGCCUUAGUAAUCCAGCCAGCGGCGGUCAGGGCACUCCAGUACCUAAAAGGGGCAGACAAGGCUUUUAGCAGUGUUAGUGUUGACGCAGGGGCGCUACGCUGGUGGUCGUAUAAGGAUACCAAGCCCUUCGCGACCCCCGUACCAGCUGAAACCCUGUCACGUGCGGAACGGAGAUUCCAAACUGACCGGCCCUCCGUACAAAAUAUACUACAUGAGCUUGCAGUUGCCAAUGGUGCCGAGCUUCUUUUCGGGAGAACUGUGCAAGGGGUUCAAGAUCUCGGGGCAAAGCCAAGGCUUUGGACUACGGAGGGAGAAAAGUUUACCGCGGACUUAAUUGUAGCAGCAGAUGGUAUCAAAUCUGCUACCCGCAAAAUCCUCUUUCCAGCACGGGAUGUCAACCCAAUUCCAUUGAGAGAGUCUAUCUUCCUCACAGGCGCGCCCAUCUCUCAGCUCGCCCAGGACCCUCGAAUAGCGCCAUGGCUCGAACCAGGAACCAAACAUGGUAUAUUAGGGCCCGAUCGGUUUGUUUUAAGUCGGCCCAUGCACGGUGGUCUCCUCGGGGUGCAGUUUAUUGACGUCGACCAUGCGGAUCCGGGCCCGGUGGAUGGCAACUGGAAUACGCCAGCCGAUAUUGGUUUACUCCGCACGCGUUUCUCUGAUUUUAAUAUAACAACGAGAGCAUUCUUAGAGCAUAUCCAGCACGCAGAGAAAUGGCAGAUGGCUACGGGGCCCGAGCUGGGCACGUGGCGAAGUGCUAGUGGUCGUAUCGUGCUGCUCGGCGAUGCAGCCCACGCCAUGUUACCACAUGCCGCCCAAGGUCUCAGCCAGGGAAUUGAAGAUGCUUUGAGUCUGGCUCGCAUGCUGCGCUGGGCGUCGAAAUCGGGCGGUAAUGGUGUUGAUAUCCCGGUUAUAACGAAGGCGUGGGUCAACUUACGUAAGCCGCGAGCCGACCUUUUCAUGAAACAGUCCAUAAGAAACGCAAAAAUUUGGAGUCUACCAGAUGGGCCGGAACAGGAGGCAAGGGACGAGAGGAUAAGGCGGAUGGGAACUCUCCCACCACCGAAUCUCGACGGCGUGGAAAUGGACAUGGCGGCUGAUCGGAACUCGCCACAAUUUCUCAAAUGGGCGAGGGAUUAUGAUGUGGUACUAGAGGGCGAGCGAGCAAUGGAAAAGGUCUUAUCGCGGUAAGGGGCUUCCCUCAGAAAGUCUUGCCCUAUUCCGUAGCGCAGUGGACGUGAUAUAUACGAUCGGUUUAAACAUAAAAUUAUCCGUCGCGGGAUGGUACGGCUAGCAUAAUACCAUUGCGACGACCCUAGCUCCAUUAGUUUGGGUUGUGUUCUCACACAUGCCCUUACUUACUCACAAUUAUCUUACAAACAAUAGUAGCAACGCA